AUGAAUUUGAUCAUAGUAGCGCUAGCGUUGGCACUCUCUUGGAUGUACGGAUGUCGGGCAGCAAAUGACAGCUCUACCACCACGUUGGAGCGUUCCUCGUCCAAGGACCGUAAUGCAAAGGCCAUAUCAAUACCCCCGAGCGAAUACUUCGAGGGGAACGACGGGCCGUGGAGCACCUUCAAUAUUCGCGUCGGCACGCCUGAACAAGAUGUCAGAGUACUUGUGUCGACGACCUCCCCAGAGUCAAUGGUCGUACUCUCGGAGUAUGGCUGUUCGACUCUUGCAUUAGCCACUGUGCCUUCAGAUUGUGCAGUCUCCAGGGGCAACUUAUUUAAUCCCAACGAGUCUUCCAGUUGGAACGACCUGGGGCUCUUCGGAAUCAACCAGGACGGCGUUGGUCUCGAGGCAAAUCUUGGAUACUCCCAAAGAGUAGAGUUUGCGUUGGAAACCCUUGGACUAGGGUUCAUCGGACCCAAGCUCGAUAAUCAGACCGUCGCCGGUCUCGCAGCAGCUGACUAUUUCUACUUGGGUGUUUUUGGACUCAAUACACAGCCAGUGAACUUCAGUACUCUGGGAAACACCUCUUCUACUUCCUUCCUCACAACACUUAAAGACAAAGGUGUUGUCCCUAGUCUAAGCUGGAGUUAUACGGCCGGCGCUAAAUACCGUCUUAAACAAGUAUAUGGGCAACUGAUCCUCUCUGGCUAUGACACCUCGCGAUUCACCGAAAACUCGGUGUCCUUUACAAUGGCAGACGAUCUCACCCGCGACUUGGUGGUUGCCCUCCAGUCUAUUAGUUACAGCGGGUCGAGCUCGAUGAGUCUUCUUUCUGACUCGAUCCAGAUUUUCCUUGACUCUACGGAACCUAACAUCUGGCUUCCAGAGAGCACCUGUGACGCGUUCGAAGAAGCCUUCGGAUUGACUCUCGACCCUGAAUCUGGGCUGUAUCUGGUCAACGAAACACACCACAAUACAUUACUGGACUCCAACGCCGAGGUGUCCUUUAGGCUGUCAGAUGUGAACUUGGGCGGUGAUACCGUGAGGGUCAUAUUACCUUACAAUGCGUUUGAUCUUACUGCCAAAUAUCCCUUGGUUGACAACAGCAGCUACUAUUUCCCACUCAAGCGCGCAGCCAACGCAUCGCAGUACACCUUGGGCCGCACAUUUCUGCAAGAAGCGUACCUCUCCGCCGACUAUGAGCGUGGUGUUUUCAAUGUAUCCGCUUGUAAAUGGGACCAGGGCGCCCAAGAAAACAUUGUCACUAUCCAGGCGAAAGACUCUGACGAUGACUCCGACUGUUCCGCCACGGGAAACGGGUGUCCAUCUGGUUCAAAAGGCUCAACGCUAAGCAAUGGCGUGAUCGCUGGCAUAGUGGUUGGAGUCAUUAUCGCCGUCCUCCUUGCAGGGUUCAUAGCCUUCAUGAUUCUCCGCCAGCGCAAAAAGGCUGCAUACGCUGCAUCUGAGCCAGAGCCCGAUAUGACAGUCAUCAAUGGCCCAAUACACAACGUCCAGCCGACCCCGCCAGCAAAGUAUUACUCGCCGGAGACUGUGGGUGAUAGUGCCAGAGGCAGUAAUGCCGAAGGUACUAGUGAGAGUGUUAGCGAAGGCCAUGGCAAUGAGCUGGACGGCCACAACACCGAAGUGGUACCAGGCUCAGCAGUUGAUGAUAAUGGGCCGCGGAUAUCAGAACUGCAUGGUGAUUCACGGCAACCAGAUCACCAUGGGGCAGUGUACCAUGAGUUGGCUGGUAGCUCAGUCAGGAGACGAGAACCUGACGGAGUAUCGAUGUCUGGGACUUUGUCUUCGUACGGCGAGAGAGGAGACAUAGAGGAGCCCCCCUCGCCCUUCGUGUCAACACUUGGAACCGCGGGAUGGCAGGACGAGUUAGGCAAUGCAUCAUCGGCCUUAGUCUCCCCUACCACUCCUGUCAACCGUGAGGCAAGGUACUCAAGCAAAUUUAUCGAAGCGCAAGACGAGGCGACAUCAGAGGACCGGCUUGGGGUAAAAUCACGGGGCUAA